AUUGAAUUUAAUAUUUGGAAAAAAGUUCUAAAAAGCUACUCAUCUAAAUAACCUUAGAGCUAACUAUUGUAACAUGGUGAAGGGAAAGUUAUAGAAAUUAGGGCAAAUAGAAAGUAAAAAUUUGCACACACAAAAAAAAUUGAUCUUAAUAAUUAUUACGAAAUUAAUAAUGAGUGGAGAUCAAAAAAUAAUUAAAGUUGGCUCCAGGAAAAGUGAGCUGGCGUUAAUUCAAACUCGAUAUGUAAUUUCAUUGCUUAGUAAAAAAUUUCCUCAUUAUGAUUUCCAAAUCGUUAGUAUGAGUACCAUGGGGGAUCAAGUAUUAGAUAAACCGUUGCCGAAAAUUGGUGAGAAAUCAUUGUUUACCAAAGAAUUGGAAGUUGCGUUAGCUGCAGAAUGUGUAGAUUUUGUUGUACAUUCUUUAAAGGAUUUACCCACUGUUUUACCAGAGGGAAUGGCUAUUGGUGCAGUUUUAAAACGUGAAGAUCCUAGAGAUGCUUUGGUAUUGCGGAAAGAUUUGAAGAUCAAUAAAUUAUCGGAAUUGAAACCAGGAAGUGUAAUAGGUACCUCAAGUUUACGACGAACAGCUCAGCUAGCUAGAUUAUAUCCACAUUUAAAAAUCGAAAAUAUUCGUGGUAAUUUAAAUACACGUUUAAAAAAACUGGACGAUUUAGGAACAUAUUCAGCAAUCAUAUUAGCAAAAGCAGGUCUUAUUCGAAUGGGUUGGGGUUCACGGAUAUCUCAAGUACUAGAUAGUGACGAAAUAUUAUAUGCGGUUGGUCAAGGCGCCUUAGCUGUUGAAUGUCGUGAGAAUGAUGUAAAAACACUUGAAAUGUUAUCAACAUUACAUGAUCCCGAAACGUUGUUAGUAGUUCUAGCAGAACGGAGCUUUCUAAGAACAUUAGAAGGUGGUUGUAGUGCUCCAGUAGCAGUUUGUACGAAAUUGAAUGAAGGUUCGAUGAAUUUAAUUGGAGCUGUUUGGAGUUUAGAUGGUAAAACUAUUGUAACGGAUUCCGAUUCUUGUUUAUAUGAAGUUCAAGAUAAAAGUGCUCCGAGUUCAUCAGAUAAUAGUCCAACUAGGGAAUUUCAAUUAUUAGCAAGUACAUUUAACCGAGAUUUACCUUCGGGAAGUUCUCAAACAGGUUCAGGCGAUACAGUUGUACGUAAAUGUCCUUAUGAUUGUUCUUCAAAUGGAUCUCCGAAAAAGAAGCUAAAAUUCGAAAGUGAAAAAUCAGAAACGGAUAAUGGAUCCACAUCGAAUUUAUCCGAAAUCAAACGAUGUCCAUUCUCUGGUCAAGUAUCUGAAAAUGGUUGUCCCAUGUCUUCCCUACCAAUCGGUAUUGAUUUUAUGGGAAAAUGUCCCUACUUAGAUAAACAUGAAAUGUCUAAAUGUCCUGUAAAUGCUGAAAUUUUAGCUAUCAAUUCCGAAACACCGAAAUUACCUUUAAAAUGUCCAUUUUUCAAUACAGAAAAUAAUACGUGUGGUAAUUGUGAACCGAAUUUAUUAAGUGAAUGCCCGUUUAAGGGGAAUAAUGAUGUAGCGAAAUUAUUUUGUGGUUUAAAUGGUUCAAAAUAUGUGUCAAAUGAUUGUUUGCGAAAGGUGGAACAAUUAGGUAUUAAUUUAGCGAAGAAAUUAAUUGAUAAAGGUGCUUUAACUGUUAUGGAACAAGCAAAAGCUCAUAUACAUGGGACAGCUCAUGAAAUUAAUAAAGUACGUGCAUAAUUUCGCGAAAUCGAUUGUAAAUAAUUUUUAGACCUAGAGUGGCAAAUUUAAGAUUCCUUUAGGACCCCUCAGGAUCCGGGAAAAUCUCUUUAACGACCGUUCUGAAGGGUUAAACUUGACUUACUAAGUGUCUUGUUAGUAUUAGGUAAAUUAGGGACUAGGAGAAAUUAAUUGCUUUGCAAAAUACCAGGGUGGCGAUCGAUCUAGAAAAUUUUUAGUAUCCAUCAGAAUUAAAUCGUGAAGACUUAAUUCUUCAUCGAUAUCCCUUAAUGAUAAUUAUGAAUCAAUUUUAACCAUAGAACCUUCGUUUUAGGCUCGAAUUU